AUGAUAGGAGUGGACUAUAUGUACCUCCAGGAAGUAAAGAUAAUACUGCAACUAGCUUUGCUGGAGCAGCAGAUGAGCCAACUCUCAGAAGUACUGAAGAAAAGCGUCACUUUGCUAAGUGAUACAAUUCAGAAUCCUCGAAAUGAUGGCUUCUGCAUGGCAAUUACCACACGGAGUGGUAAGGUUGUACUAGGCCCAUCUGUGGGAAACAUUGUGAUUACAGAGGAUAUUGAGCAUGAAAGAACUUAUCUAGUGGAGUCUGAAAAAUUGGAUGAAGUUAUUAAUAAUACACCAUCCAACCAUCAGUUGAAAAAGAAGGCCGAUGACACAAAGUUUGGAAAGUUUUUGGCCAUGCUAAAGCAGUUGACAAUCAACUUGCCAUUGGUGGAGACAUUGGAGCAAAUUCCCGGGUAUGCAAAGUUCAUGAAAGACCUGGUUACAAAGAAACGGAUAGUUAGCUAUGAGAUGGUGGACAAUCUCUAUCAUUGUUGUGCUAUUUCUAUAAGGUCACUGGUGCAGAAGAAGGCCAACCCAGGAGCAUUUACUAUCCUAUGCACUAUUGGGCCUCUUGAUUUCUCAAAAGCUUUAUGUGAUUUGGGAGCCAGUAUAAACUUGAUGUCACUUGUUGUGUAUAAGAAACUGGAUUUGGGGGAUCCUACUCCCACAAAUAUGAGAUUAGUUAUGGCAGAUAAGUCUGUGAAGUGGCUCGUGGGGGUUUUAUAUGAUGUAUUAGUCAAGGUGGCUAGUUUCAUAUUUUCAGCUGAUUUUGUUAUUCUCGAUUGCGAGCUAGAGGAGGAUUGUUUCCCGACUAUUGAGCAUCAACGUCAUCUAAACCCACUUAUGCAAGAGGUGAAGAAGAAAGAAAUCAUCAAGUGGUUAGACGUGGGAGUGGUAUAUUCCAUCUCAGCUACUAAGUGGGUAAGUCCUAUUCAGUGCAUGCCCAAGAAAGGGGGCAUGACAGUUAUGGCUAAUGAGAAGAACGAGUUGAUCCCACUCAGGCCUGUUACUAGGUGGAGAGUGUGUAUGGAUAACAGAAAACUCAACUCUUGGACACUGAAGGACCACUUUCCCAUGCCUUUCAUGGAUCAAAUGCUUGAUUGGCUGGAAAGUGAACAAGCAGUUAGAGAUGAAUUUGAGAUCAAUGAUGCAUUUCCAAAUGAGGAAAUCUUGGCUGCUGUUAUGGAAAAAAUACCUUGGUAUGCUGAUUUCGCAAAUUAUAUGCAUAAGGUGGCUACUCCAUACCAUCCACAGACCAGUGGGCAGGUGGAGAUCGCUAAUUGGGAAAUUAAAGCUAACCUUUCCAAGACUGUAAAUGCUAGCAGGAAGGAUUGGUCUAUGAAGUUAGACGAUUCCUUAUGGGCGUAUCGAACAGCUUUGAAGACACCCAUUGGCAUGUCUCCAUACCAAUUGGUUUAUGGCAAGGCGUAUCAUUUACCAAUUGAGCUAGAGCAUAAAGCAUUGGGGAAACUAAAGCAGCUUAAUCUGAACUAG